AGGCCCAGAAUCACUCCGCUCAAUCUCUUGUUGACUGCCGCUGUUACUCACGGCGCUUAGCGAGCCUUCUCUCUUACUACAAAAUAUCACCUGCGUGCUUGGCCCCACGUCCUAUAUCUGCUUUCGGAACAAAUGUUGUCGGCGUUUGCCAUUUACUACCGGCACGAGCACUACCUCUGCCCAAUCGCGACGGGAUAUCACCCUCAACAUCGGAGACUAUUUGGAAGGUUGAGAGCUUGGCUCGCCUUCACCUCCAUUCAGUGCCCUUCACCCCGGUGCACGUCCUUCUCUGCGGUAUAUAAGCAUGGAGGCCCCGUCAGAUAACCUCGCCCAACUCUCCACUCCACUUCCCCGCCAGAGUUCCGCAAAGUCCUCCAACCGUCUUCCCGAGUUCGCAUCACUCCAGCUCAAUCCUGCUCCGAAGCUGUCUUCUCCCUUCCAAACACCGACUACUACCACUAUGGACUAUCAUAGCGACACUUCCCUCGAAUCCGUCGAGAUCCGGAACAGCUACUCCAAGGGCUCGGCCGAGGCAACAGGAGUCAGUGAUCAGGUAUGCGAAUCCAAGGACAUUGUUAAGAAUACCAUAUUGGAGGACAAGUGCGAGAGCCGGAAUGGCGAGAGCAAGGCGGUACCCAAGGCCGCGGCUUCCAAAGGCCCCACUCUUCCUGCAGCGAACGGACCAGAAGAGCCUGCGAAUGUGACAAGCAACACUCAUUCCGAUGACCGAGCUGAGUCCCUCGAAGACGGGCAGCAAACAAACGAAGUUCACCCAGCAUCUCCCUCCGGACCGGUCAUACUCACUCUCGUCCCGAGGACACACACGACGCCUGCUGAGGGACAUGUCGACAUGACUCUAACUCCCAUUGAUGGGGUUGGAGCAAGCAUCUCAAUUGCCAAGGAUGAUGGCGGACUACCUCAGACACCUUCGAGUUUCCCCAGCGAGAUUGGGCCGGCCCCGGCUUGUGAUCGGAGGCUUUCGCUGCCAGACAUGAAUGCAUCCGCGCCCGUCACAGGUGAUCAAGUUAGCACGGAGAAGGCGCCAGCUGCUGAGUCCGACGAGAUUCCUCUCACAGAGCGUCCUGGUGUUGGCGGUGGCGGUGGCUCAAAUGGCUGCGAGGACGCGGCUGCUAUCGGUAAGGAGGAUAGCUUUUCAACGGAGGGUCGUGGAAGAGACAUGGUCCCGUCCUACUUGCGCACCCAGCCACCAUCGUCCGGUCGGCCAUUCGGUUCCCAAGCUUCCCAGAAUAUCACCACUCCUGAGGUUGUCCGAACUCCUGAAGCACCUCGAUACCGUUCCCAGUACACGCCUUCCUACCAACAGCCCAUAUAUCGACGUGACGGCGACAGGGACGAGCUUCCUCGACUUCAAGCGAUGCUUCUGAAGGCUCGUCAAGAUCUUGCAAGCGAGCGGCUCAUCAAUCAGAACGCACGAAUAACCGUCGAAGCGGAAACCCGGCAGAAUGUCGAAGCAGGGUUCAUGAGCAUGCUAGCGGAGGUCCUGAGCAAGCAGGCUGAGCUGGUGAAGCAAGAAGCCUUGUUGAAGGUGAGAGAGUUGGACAUCCAGCGUCGUGCGGAGCAGGUCGAGCAGCUUGAAGUCUUCCUUGCUGAAGGCCAGAAGCAGCUCUAUCGUGACCUCGAAGAGCGUGGUGGCCGACCGUUCAACUCCGUCGAGCUCGAGUAUGCGCGUCGUCAAGGCCAGACCGAUGCGCUUUCCAAGUUCCGUGGCGUGGAGGCCAAGCUCGAAGCCAAGCUGCAGCAGCUCAACGUCCGCGAAGCGGGGCUCGACUUCCGGGAGCGUCACUACAAGGCACAGAUCCGUGAUGCGCUUGAAACCGAACUGCGAGAGGUCCUAGAGGUCGAGGUCGCAACCCGGAUUAGCGAAGCCGAGUACGGACGUGGUUUCACAGCGGGCAAACGGGCCGGACGGGCCGAGAGCGACGAAGAGGUUCGUCGGGAUGGGUUCUCGCAAGGCUACACGGCUUGCCUUGAGACACAGGAGCGACUUAAGAGGUUACGUGCGGGCCAAAUCCCCCACGACAGCCCUGAGUUAGACUUCUUGGUGGAUCUUAGCCACCCUGAUAACCCGUUAAUUCGUGGGGUGCAGAUCGGGAGGUACGAGGAGGCGAGGAAGAAGAAGAAGGCUACCUCCGCAUCCGAGUCCGUGUCCAGCGCAUUAAACGCUGCUCCGGUCACUCUCAAGCAGCACGCCGCGUCUACGAAUGGCAAUGGCGUGCAGCAGGACAAUGAGGUGCCCAAAUCCAACGGUGUCGCACGCUCUGCGCUCGACGCUCCAAAAACGAACGGCUUCGCGAGAUAUGUCGAUGGUGUUCCGAAACUCAACGGCACGACUGCUCCAACGCCGAGAUUCAUCACCAAGAUCAAUGGCGCCGGCCCUCAACUCAACGGCCAUGGUCCCGUCACCAACGGCAUAGACCCCUGCAUGAACGGCAGCGGAUCCCGCACUAACGGACGUGAGGGCAACGGCACCUACACCAGCCGCCGCAUCCUCCACUACGAGGACUCCGACACCGAGACCGUGGCGCCGGAGCCGACUCCCCACCGCCAGCAGGACGUCCGCCCGGAGAAUGGCGUCGCCCCGGUCCAAGAUGAGCCAGUUGAUCUGAUUGAUCUCUACUGAGCCUAGAUAGCGUCAAUGGACGGAAGGGAUGGAAGGUGAAAACUGUAUUAU